AUGGUACGAAAUGGCGGGGUCGCGCUGCUACUGUCACUAUCGCUGGCGUGGUCGGUCGGCGUCGACUGUCUGGCUAUAGAAUCAACAUCAUCAUCCGUCGAGAACGAGAUGGAGACGAAACCCGAGACGGUGACGGAAAGUCCAGAUCGUCUAUACAGGGUCGAUACCCGUACUCCGGCCACCAUCUGGGAUGCCGGUGGUUUUCUGCCCUGGGCCGCUCUCGAGGAUCCAGAAGCCGAUUUCAGCGUCUACGACCACGCGCUAGGCCCCUCGAACCAGUCGGUCUAUGUCUCGACGACGAGCGAUCUCGACUGGGCACUCGCAUACGCCGAAGGUAUCCAAGGCUACAUAUACGCCAUCGAUCCGACGGAAAACAUGUUCUGCGUCGCCGAUUCUCUCCGAGCAAACGACACGGACAUCCAACAGCAACUCGAGAAACAUUUGCGACAGAAGGAGUGGGUAGCGUUGGGAGGCAUCCGAGGGGACCAGAUCAGCGGCGUAGCGAGGGCACCUCUCAACGGACAGAACUACGACGUCAAAUUCUCUCCAUUCAACGGAUACAACAAGUCCAAGUAUAGCGACGGUCACGCCGCCAGUGGUCCGCAGCCCGAGUUGGCCGGCUUUCCUCUCGACGGUCAAGCAGGACUGGAACUGAGGCCGCAGAAGGUUCUGAGCGCGCCACCGCUGAGGGAGGCCGGCAUGAAGCUGAUGGAUACGGCCAUGGAAAGUGGCUGGGAGAAACCGGCCGACAGCCAGGGCAGGUCGGAGAGCAUUAAGGAUAAAGAGACGGGCAUGAAGAUGACGGGCAAGGAGGUUCCGGCUUCGGCCCGUCUUCGCGGCGGCGAUGCUGACGGUCGGAUGCCUGCCAACGAUAAGAAGAUUACCAUGUGCAGCUUAUCCCCCAUGACAUUGGAAAAACGACGAGGCCGCGGCGGCGGCAGUGGUCGAUCCUUUUUUCAACGACCAGCAUUCAGCAGCCGACAAGGGCGCCCAGCAGGGACCAGAAAUCGAGGUCGCAAGACCUGCUACGGUCUCGCGUCGGCCAUCGAGAUUGCCUUUUGGGCCAUCAUUGAACAGAUGGAGAAAUCGCCCAUCGAUUGGGACAAGGCGUCGACGAGCGACGGCACAAACGGCACACGGUUGAACUUUCCAGACGAGGAGCCUUCCCCCAGAGUCUCGGCCUUCGUCCCGGACGAGGUCAAAGAGGCUCUUGACCAGCAGCGGGCCGAAUCUGGCCGAAUCUCCACCGACAAUGAAAUCGUGCGCGAAAAAUUCCAGAACGUUGUCGAUCCGGAGAACUUUGGCUUCCGGACGCAGUGGGCAGACGGUUCCGUCACAUUCACCUCCCCGCAGAAAAGCUUUGUCAUCAAAUGUGAUUUCGACAGGUUUCGAUCCGAAUUGAACUUGGAUUCUUGCUACUUCAACCCUUAUUAG